AUGGGUGAACGCUGCGCAACAUGCUGUCCGCGUGUCGCGCGCUCUCCCGCUGCGGUGCGCGCGCCCCCCCCGCUGCGGUGCACGCGCCCCCGCGUCCGCCUCGUCCCGCUCAGAGGAAGCAGCACCGGCGACAAGGACAAGGUGAAGAAAACAAAAUUUGGCCCCUUGAGUGAUCAGGACAGGAUAUUUACCAAUUUAUAUGGUCGCCAUGACUGGAGCCUGAAGGGCGCACUGAGCCGUGGCGACUGGUACAAAACAAAAGAGAUCUUAUUGAAGGGGGCGGACUGGAUCCUCAAUGAAAUCAAGAUAUCUGGCCUGCGUGGGAGGGGUGGAGCUGGGUUUCCUACAGGCAUGAAGUGGAGCUUUAUGAACAAACCCAACGAUGGCAGACCGAAAUAUCUGGUGGUGAAUGCAGAUGAGGGGGAACCAGGCACCUGUAAGGACAGGGAGAUCAUGCGUCAUGACCCCCACAAGCUCGUGGAGGGCUGUCUGGUGGCUGGAAGAGCCAUGGGUGCUCGUGCUGCCUACAUCUACAUCAGGGGCGAGUUUUACAACGAAUCCUCUAACCUCCAGGUGGCGGUUAAUGAGGCAUAUACAGCUGGUCUGAUUGGUCGGAAUGCAUGUGGCUCUGGUUAUGAUUUUGAUGUGUUUGUGAUGCGGGGGGCAGGUGCCUACAUCUGUGGAGAGGAGACCGCACUUAUUGAGUCCAUUGAGGGCAAGCAGGGCAAGCCCCGGCUGAAACCCCCUUUCCCUGCUGACAUUGGAGUUUUUGGCUGCCCAACAACUGUUGCUAAUGUGGAGACAGUUGCUGUAGCCCCCACCAUCUGUCGCCGUAGUGGUCUGUGGUUUGCGAGCUUUGGGAGAGAAAGAAACUCUGGGACAAAACUUUUUAACAUCUCCGGUCACGUCAACAACCCCUGCACCGUGGAGGAGGAGAUGUCCAUUCUUCUCAAAGAUCUAAUCGAAAGACAUGCAGGAGGAGUGCGGGGUGGAUGGGAUAACCUUUUAGGGGUAAUUCCUGGAGGAUCAUCUACGCCUGUUAUCCCAAAGUCUGUCUGUGAUGAUGUGAUGAUGGAUUUUGAUGCCCUUAUUGAGGCAGAGACAGCUCUAGGCACUGCUGCCAUCAUUGUCAUGGAUAAAUCUACUGAUAUCAUCAGAGCUAUUGCUCGCCUUGUCGAAUUCUACAAGCAUGAGAGCUGCGGCCAGUGCACCCCCUGCAGAGAGGGGGUGGACUGGAUGAGCAAGAUGAUGUGGCAGUUCGUCCAGGGUGAUGCACAGUAUUCUGAAAUUGACAUGAUUUGGGAGAUCAGCAAGCAGAUUGAGGGACAUACAAUAUGUGCACUUGGUGAUGGAGCGGCAUGGCCUGUACAGGGAUUAAUCCGACACUUCCGUCCCGUGAUGGAGAGCCGCCUUGGCCAGUUCCAAAAGGAGAAGAACCAGCAGACCACGACUUAAAUGUCGGAACCAACAUGGAUUUUUCUAUUGCAUAAAUUUUAUGUGUAUGUCUACUGUCUUGUUAGCCCUAAUGUCUUGCUAAGACUUUUUAAGCAGAAAUCUACUCUAUCUAUCUGGAAUAGGUGUCUGUGAAAUACCUGGACAAAAAGUGCAUAUUUUGUGACAUUUUACUGUGAGUAAAUUAAAUAUACU